AUGAAAGUCGGUACAUUCAAUUGUCGUGGAUCAGGGGGUGAUGUGAAAAGGCGUCGUAUAUCGGAGCUUAUUCGAUUUGAGGAGCUAGAUUUUAUUGCCAUACAGGAGUCUAAAUUGGAGAUGUGCGAUAGUACCCUUUGUGCUCAAUUAUGGGGAUCUACAGAGUUCGAGUGGUUUGCUUCUCCUUCUCAAGGCAGGAGUGGAGGUCUACUUUCAAUUUGGAACUUUAAUCGAGGAAAAUUGGUGUUUACGUUUUCUGGUUCUGGUUUUCAUGGUGUUUGCUUGCAAUGGGGUGUGGAUGCGUAUAGGUGUGUGGUGGUCAAUGUAUAUUCUCCUUGUCAGCUAGUGGAUAAGCGGCGGUUGUGGGAAGAGAUAAUUAUGUCUAAGCGUGGUUUUGGGAGUUGUUUAUGGUGUAUAAUGGGGGAUUUCAACACGGUGAGAAGACUAGAUGAGAGAAAAGGGGGGAUUGGUGACUACGGUGCACGGGAUAUGGAGGAAUUUAAUUCGUUUAUAAGAGAUAUGGAGUUGACUAAUGUACCACUGGUUGGGAAGCGAUUUACUUGGUUUAGGAGUGAUGGUUCUAUGAUGAGCAGGUUGGAUAGGGUGUUGACCUCAGAAAGCUGGAGUGCUCAGGGGUGCAGGAUUUGUAGAGGUGAUUCCGCGUGA